UGCAGGCGUACAAUCAUGAGCAGCUUACGACACUCAGUGAACACUGGGUGCCUCUGCAUGCUCUAGCAACAUACUGCUCAGCUGAAGGGAAGGGAUUCUUGCUGUCUCUCUCUGCUCUAAGCAUCACCUAACAAGCAAAGCGAACAAAGAAUGGGAAAUAAAGCGACCCUUAGCCGGUCUGUGAAUGAAUGGUAACCUCUCUCUGGAGUAAAGGUUGUGCCGGUCCAUGGUCGUUGCAAAUGAUGGACAUUAAACAGAUUGACAAAUCCUGUGGAGUCGUUAGUAAAGAGUUUGGAGUUUUUUUCACGCCACAGUGUUAACUGCAGAGGAAAGGACAGAGGGAGAAGGAGAAGAUCAAGCUCAUGUACAUAGUUCUGAAACUUGCAGGUCCUAGGAGGCAGCUCAAAAGCUAGCUGGACAAGCCUUUCGCUCGUUGAGCAGAAGCGAAGUGAGACAUUGUGAGCUUGCCAGCCUUGCACAACAUUGAAAGGGACUGAAUUUGUAGCACAGAGGGGUCUUUUUUAGCUCUGCAUAUAAUUAGUCCAAACACAAAGGAAGCAACUGAAUGGAGGUUGUCACUCUCUGGAAAAGGGUGGGUAAGACACUUUUUAAUUAAAUUCUUUCAUGAAGAAAGAUUUUUUUUUCCUUUGCUGCAGCAUUUAAAAUGAACAAAAUCACUAUCAUUUUACCUUUGAAUGUCUGUGAACUUUAAUGCUGCACAGCUCCUGCAUGCUGUAAAGUGAAAUAUUUGCCUCUGUGUUUGUUCUGUUUGCUGUUUUGCUUUGGUUUUCGGGCUUUGUUUCGUUGGUUUGCUUUUUUUUUUUUUCUCUCCCUUAAAUAAAAUAUGAUGUAGAAUUUGAAAAGACUCAAUGGACAUUCUCAAGCCUAUUUGGAAAUAUUCUUGCUAAUGGAUUUCCUUCUUAUUGGUCUCUGUUUAAACUGGCUGCUGAGGAAGCCCCCGGGGUUGAUAUUGUGUACGCUGGGUAUCUUUUCUAAAAUGCUUCCAGCUGUGAAUAGUGGGUGUCCACAGCUCUGUCGGUGUGAGGGCAGGCUUUUGUACUGUGAAUCACUGAAUCUCACAGAGAUGCCUCGCAACCUGUCGGGCAUGAUGGGCUUGUCUCUGCGGUACAACAGCCUUUCAGAGCUGCAUGAUGGACAGUUCACAGGGUUAAUGCAGCUCACGUGGCUCUAUCUGGAUCACAAUCACAUUUGCUCAGUGGAGGGGAAUGCCUUUCAAAAAUUGCGGCGAGUUAAAGAGCUCACCCUGAGUUCCAACAAAAUAACCCAACUGCCCAACACCACUUUCCGCCCCAUGCCAAACUUGCGCAGUGUGGAUUUAUCAUACAACAACCUGCAGUCUUUGGAGCCUGACCUGUUCCACGGGCUGAGAAAACUGACAACUUUGCACAUGCGGUCGAACGCCAUCAAGUUCGUGCCGGUGAGAAUUUUUCAGGACUGUCGCAGCCUGAAGUUUCUAGACAUAGGAUACAAUCAGUUAAAGAGCCUGGCUCGAAACUCUUUUGCUGGCUUGUUCAAACUCACUGAGCUGCACCUCGAGCACAAUGACUUGGUGAAAGUGAAUUUAGCCCAUUUUCCCAGGCUCAUCUCCCUGCACUCCCUCUGCUUGCGAAGGAAUAAAGUUACCAUCGUAGUAAACACUUUGGACUGGAUAUGGCAACUCGAAAAGAUGGAUCUCUCUGGCAAUGAAAUCGAAUACAUCGAACCUCAUGUUUUCGAAAGUGUACCUCAUCUCAAAUCCCUGCAGCUGGACUCCAACCGGCUGACCUACAUCGACUCCCGAGUCCUCGACUCCUGGAAGUCCCUCACGAGCAUCAGCCUCUCCGCCAACGCCUGGGAUUGCAGCCGGAACGUCUGCGCCCUGGCCUCCUGGCUCAGCAACUUCCAGGGUCGCUACGACAGCAACCUGCUCUGUGCCACCCCCGAGUACGCCCAGGGAGAGGAUGUUUUGGACGCCGUGUACGCCUUCCACUUGUGUGAGGACGCCGACCCCACGAGCGUCAACACCUUCUCCCCGGUGACCAACAACAGUGAGCAGACGCUGGGCUAUGGCUCGGCCACCGCCACCUACGACGCGCCCGACGGCGACGAGGACCGGACCACGUACGCCGUCACCAUCACCAUGCCCGGCGAGAACUCCGAGAACGCUGUGCAGAUUCACAAGGUGGUGACGGGCACCAUGGCACUGAUUUUUUCCUUCCUCAUCGUGGUUUUGGUGUUGUAUGUCUCCUGGAAGUGCUUCCCGGCCGGCUUAAGGCAACUAAGACAGUGCUUUGUCACACAGCGCAGGAAGCAGAAGCAGAAACAGACCAUGCACCAAAUGGCUGCCAUGUCAGCCCAGGAGUAUUAUGUUGAUUACAAACCCAACCACAUUGAGGGAGCCCUGGUGAUCAUUAAUGAGUACGGAUCUUGCUCCUGUCACCAGCAGCCAGCGAGGGAAUGCGAGGUGUGAUUUUCCUUUGGGAUUUAAACAGUGUGCAACCAAAUAACAGCGUGCAGGCAGACAGUGGCACGGGGUGGGGGGGUGGUGCUGGGCUUUGCUGGUGAUUUCUGACGUGCACCCCUGCCCAAAUUGUUUAAGAGGGGCUGUCCAAAAAGACUUGAUAUUUUAGCUUUAUCGUGUCUUAAAAACCUUCAGGACAGCCAAUCUUAAGGUUUCAUAUGCUAAUACUCCCUUUGAAGAUCUGUCAAUAUUCAGGAAUCUGAGAGUGUAAAAAAAGGUACCAAUUAUUGAUCUUUUGUAAACUAAGAAAACUGUUUAAAAUAAAAAAAAAUAGCAUUUACAGUUUUUACAGACUGGUGUAUAUUACAUGAAUGGUUCCCUGUAUACAAAAUGCAACAGUUUAACCUCUCUCUUCAUGCUGAGUGUUGAAAUGAAAAGUAGAGGAGCAAAGAAGCCACGUAAAAUAGAAAGCUUAAAAUGACCCAGGUGGCUUCCCAUUGUAAUUAGCACACAUUCACGUACAUCAUGUUGCUGAAGAUAUGAAGCAUGACACUGGAAUUCUAUUUUUGUUAAUGUGCUACCUGUAACAGGAUGUCAGUACAACAAGGAGCCAGAGCACCUCAGAAAGGCUGAAGUUUUGACUGUGUCACUAGGACAGGAUUUCUGAGGAUUUUUAAGUACAGCUCUCUUGUUAGCUGCUGUAAGAUCCAUAAAAACUGCAUUAUAACCCCUAGAAGUAUUUUGUAUCAAAACUGAUGAUAUUGUGAGGACUCUCUAACAAAAGCAACCAACAAAACCCAAACAAGUAAAACACUGCCAAAAUGUGCACAUCAGAAUUUUCUUUAAUAUUAAAAAACAAACAAAAAAAAAGCUAAAUUUAAGGAUUUUUACUUGCAUUUACCACUUUUAUGCUUGUCUUGAGCUAUGCCAAGAGCAAAGACCCCCUCAUUUUGUGCUCUGUGGUGCCAUGGUGAAAGGAGAAGAGCAAAAGCAAUUAUUUGGGUCUCAGUGGUGAAACUCAAGAGCAAAACCACUGUCAGGGCAGGACAGAGAGUUUUCAGAGCACCCUUCUGGGUCCUGUAGUAAAGUGCUGGCAAAGCCCAGCUUGUGUCCCUCUCUUUCCCUAACAAAACAACCCCAAAACCUCUGCAGAGGCUGGAGGCAGAUGUACCCUCCUUACCAAGGACUGAAAAAUGCCAUUGAUGGAUUUAAGCAGUGAUUUCAUGAUGUAGAAUCCCACAGCUGUUUUAUCUGACUGCCCUUAAAUAAAGGCUUCCUUUCCUUGUA